GGCUGUUUUGGGUUGUUUCUCCUUUUUUCUUCCUUUCCCAGGAGAGUGUGAGUGCCCACCAGCAGUAUGCCACUGGUGAAGAGGAACAUCGAGCCCCGGCACCUGUGCCGGGGGGCCCUGCCUGAUGGGGUGACGAGUGAGCUGGAAUGUGUCACCAACAGCACGCUGGCCGCCAUCAUCAAGCAGCUGGGCAGCCUCAGCCGGCAUGCUGAGGACAUCUUUGGGGAGCUGUUCAAUGAGGCCAACAGCUUCUACAUGAGGAUGAACUCACUGCAGGAGAGGGUGGACCUGCUGGUCAUCAAGGUGACGCAGCUGGACUCCACUGUGGAGGAAGUUUCGCUGCAGGACAUCAAUAUGAGGAAGGCUUUCAAGAGCUCCACAGUGCAGAACCAACAGGUUGUGUCCCGCAACUCUAUCCCCAACCCAGUGAUGGAGAUGUACCAGCGCUGCGACAAGCCUCCACCACUCAACAUCCUCACGCCAUACAGGGACGACAAGAAAGAUGGCCUCAAAUUCUACACCGACCCCUCCUAUUUCUUCAACUUGUGGAAGGAGAAGAUGCUGCAGGCAACAGAGGACAAAAGGAAGGAGAAACGCAGGCAGAAGGAGCAGCGGCUGGUGGAGGACUCCACUCGGGAGGUGAAGAAAGUGCGGAAAGCCCGCAACCGGCGCCUGGAGUGGAACAUGAUGGCAUACGAUAAAGAGUUCCGACCCGAUAACAGGUUCUCACCAUCCCCAUAUCACAUGGCAUCAUCGGAAGGAUCACUGUCCCCAGAUAAUAGAUCCUACACCUCAGAUGCUGCUGAGCACUCAUACCCGGCAAGCCCCAACCACCCGGCACAGCUGCUGGCCCCCACAGUCCACGUGCCCGCAGAACACAAGGAGGGGGUGCUGCCGACUGUCCCCCCUCCAGAACACGGCUACCGACCACCAGCGAGCAGCCGGCAGAACAGCCUCAACCGCGCCCAGCAGCCCCACGCGCCGCAGCCCCCGGAGGCCGUGCUGAACGGACCCAGACCGCACUUGGUCAAGGAUUUCGGACCACAGCCCGUACCGAUGACGGAGUACUUCGUGCCGCCGGCCCCUCCGCCCCCGCCGCCCGUCAUCCCCUCCGCGCAGACUGCCUUCGACAGCCCCAUGGCGGCUCCCGCAGCGCUGCCCCCCGGCGCGGCCGCCCCCGCCGCCCACCCCUCCUACGCGCCCUCGCCACCCCCUGCACCGCCCGGCCCCUACUCCGCUUCCCCGCCUCAGGCCGGCCCCAUGGGGCCGCCCGUGGCCCCGCCGCCACCACCACCGGGGCCACCCGCUCUCACCACCUCGCCAGCGCACUCAGCCUCACCGCCGGCCCCCGCCGCCGAGUCCCGGAAGCCGCCGAUCCCGCUGAUGCCUAUGAGCGAUGCCCGGAGCGACCUGCUCGCAGCCAUCCGCAGAGGCAUUCAACUUCGGAAAGUCCAGGAGCAGUGGGAGCAAGAGGCCAAGAAAGAGCCCGUGGGCAAUGAUGUGGCGACCAUCCUGUCCCGCCGGAUCGCGGUGGAGUACAGCGAGUCAGACGACGACUCCGAGCUGGAUGAUAACGAGUGGUCGGACUGAGGGGCCGUGCCGGGGGCUCCCCUGCAGCAGGUGCGUACGGCACUUCCCCCAAACCUGGAUGCCAACAACCGCGAUCAGCCCCGCUAAUUCAGGAGCUUUGCUUUCACACCGUGUUGAAAACCAUUCGGGCAGCGCUGGAGGCUGUGCACGGGUAGGAGGCAACUUUGAGGCAGCGAGGCCAGGAAUUAGCAGCACCUCCACGCUUAACGAUGCUGAAAAUUCUCUGGCUGGGUGAAUGGGAGUGCUCCACAACCAGAGGCUGGCUUUGGUAGAGGAACGAAACCAAGAGGCAGGAGAGCUUUUGCAGCUAGAUGUUAAAACGUGUAAUGGGGAGCUCUGGGAGGAAACCGAAGUGUUUGUGACCCUUGAGCCCACUCCCAUCCUUGGGACAGAUUUCUGGGAGAAAAGCAUGAAGACAAGGCUCAUGCAGCUGGCAGGGAACCAGCAUAUGUAGUGCAAUGUAUCCUGAGGGCAAGGGAUGGAGAGCAGUGUCCCAAAGCCCUGCUA